GUUCUGAAUGUCACGUGUUCUGGUGAAGGUCGCUAUCUGGUCCUGUACACAACAACUGUCAACAACGAAAAGAACGUACCUGUCAUGGAUUUCUGUGAGGUGGAGGUUAACGUCUGUGGUCCUGGUACCUUCGGCGCUGACUGUGACAACUACUGCCACUGUGACGGUGAUGUGUGCAACUACAUAACAGGCGUCUGCCCCAGUGGAGUCUGUCUACCAGGCUGGCACCAAGAAACAUGUCACACAGAGUGUAAUGCUGGCAGCUAUGGAGCAAACUGUGCCGAGACGUGUUCAAGUAGAAACUGCAAGGGCGACAAUUCUAGCUGUGACCUCAUGGCUGGAGAGUGUGCUGAGGGUUGUAAGACGGGAUGGUAUGGAACAGACUGUACACAGGCCUGUGAUCCUGGUACUUUCGGCACCAAUUGCAGCAACUCCUGCUACUGUGACGGGGAGACGUGUGACCACGUGACCGGCGUCUGUCCAAGUAGAGUGUGUCUACCUGGUUGGCAGACAGAAAGGUGUAACACAGUUUGCAAGUCCAGCAGCUAUGGCACCAACUGCUCCCGGUCGUGUUCACAAAGAAACUGCAAGGGUGAAACCUCUGUCUGUAACCACGUGACCGGGGCGUGUCUGGGUGGCUGUCAGUCAGGAUGGAGUGGAGCAGAUUGUGUACAGAGUAAGCAAAUAGUGAACGCUCAAUAG